UCCCAAGGGAUUGGAAUAAUACUUCCACUGACGACACAAAGGCACACGCAAACAUACACGCCGACGACACAAGAGCACACGGAAGCAAUGUCUGCAUAUCUCAUCACCCAUCUCCCUAUAAAUACAAGUGCACUGUUCGGCUAUGUUUCUAACCAAUCAAAUCCAAGAAGAGAGAGAAAGGCGAUGGAGAAGGAGAACAACGAUGCUUCAGUGGAAGUGAUGAGCAACAAACAGGUUAUAUACAGAGAGCAGGUACGAGGUUUCUUGAAAGAGACCAACUUGGAAAUGAGGACGAGUUCGGAGCGAUUGAAGGCCAACUCCGGUCCGGGGACCAUAUUCGUGAAAAACUUGUACCUGGCUUGCGAUCCCUACAAUCUCACCAUCAUCAAGUACCUCACUCAGCUUGGUUCUCCUGUUACUGGAUAUGGAGUAGCUAGAGUUUUGGAAUCCAGGCAUCCAAACUUCAAGAAAGGUGACUUGGUUUGGGGCAUCACUGGAUGGGAGGAGUAUAGUAUAAUUACUGCGCCAGAGACUUGCUUUAAGAUCAAACACACCAAUGUUCCUCUGUCUUACUACACCGGCCUUUUGGGUAUGCCAGGCAUGACAGCUUAUGCCGGGUUUUUUGAGGUAAGCUCUCCUAAGAAAGGAGAGACAGUUUUCAUAUCAGCGGCAGCGGGAGCCGUUGGUCUGCUUGUUGGUCAGUUCGCAAAGAUGUUUGGUUGCUAUGUUGUUGGCAGCACCGGUAGCAAAGAGAAGGUUGAUUUGCUGAAGACCAAAUUUGGAUUUGAUGAUGCUUUCAACUACAAGGAGGAGCUGGAUCUGGAUGCAGCACUGAAAAGAUGCUGCCCUGAGGGGAUCGAUAUCUACUUCGAAAAUGUUGGGGGAAAAAUGCUUGAUGCGGUGCUGCUCAAUAUGAAACUUCAUGGCCGAAUCACAGUAUGCGGAAUGAUCUCACAGUACAACCUCCAGCAGCGCGAAGGCAUACACAACUUGAUGAACCUUAUCCUGAAGCGGGUUCGGAUGGAAGGUUUUGUGGUGUCCGAUUACCAACAUCUCUACCCGAAGUUCCUGGAGACAGUAUUGCCUCAGAUCAAAGAGGGGAAGAUUGUGUACACGGAAGACAUCGCGGAAGGGCUCGAGAGCAGUCCGGCAGCUCUCGUCGGGGUGUUCUCUGGUCGCAAUGUCGGGAAACAGGUGGUUGUGGUUUCUCGUGAAUGAGUCAGCUUAAAAUGCGCAACUAGUGGGGCACUUAUAGCUUGGCGUUCCACAUGCUAAACUGCCUCCGGACUUCACGUAUGCAAUCACCCAGUGAUAGCUGAAACGUUCCUGACUUCUCUCUCUUUCAAACUGCAUACCAACUAUAUUUUUGGCUAAACCUAAAUCUUUCAUCUCAAACUCAUUACUUGAUAUCCAUGUUCCCUUUUUAUUGCA